UUUUUCCUUGAGCUCUACAUUAUCCUGCAAUUCGAACACCAAUAUGAAGAGCUUUCUCAUCGCGAUCGUCAUCGCCGUCUUGCUGCCCGUGUCUGCCGCCGACUUCUGCGCUCAGUGGCGUCUGUCCAAGGCCGGCAAGUACAUCAUCUACAACAACCUCUGGAAUCAGAAUACCGCCACCUCCGGCAGCCAAUGCACAGGCGUCGACAAGGUGAGCGGAUCCACCGUCGCCUGGCACACCUCGUACAGCUGGGCAGGUGCUCCGACCCAGGUCAAGUCGUACUCGAACGCGGCGUUGGUCUUCACCAAGAAGCAGAUCAAGAACAUCAAGACUAUCCCUACAACCAUGAAGUACUCGUACUCGUACUCUGGCACCCUCAUCGCCGACGUCGCCUACGAUCUCUUCACGAGCUCCACUGCAAGCGGCAGCAACGAGUACGAGAUCAUGAUCUGGUUGGCCGCGUACGGCGGUGCUGGUCCCAUCUCCAGCACAGGUAAAGCUAUCGCCACGGUGACUAUCAACAGCAACAGCUUCAAGCUGUACAAGGGCCCGAACGGCAGCACUACCGUCUACUCCUUCGUCGCCACCAAGACCAUCACCAAUUUCUCCGCUGAUCUGCUCGACUUCUUCACGUAUUUGGUGAAAACCCAAGCCUUCCCUUCCAGCCAGUACUUGACCACACUAGAGGCCGGCACCGAGCCGUUCACGGGAUCAAACGCCAAGAUGACCGUGUCUUCCUACUCGGCCGCCGUCAACUAAAGCGCCGUUAAAAUGUUUGUAAGUGCAAAUUGUCGAUAAAUGAAAUAAAUGGCAACCGGUUCAGUUCAACGACUACAUUGUCAACGAG